GACUGCGGUGUUUGGUAAGAAGAGAGAGACAGAGAGAGGGAGUUGGUGGACUAAUCAAAAACCGUUCACUAGAGAGAAAGGUUGUAAAAGUACUCUUUGAUUGUUCUCUUCUCUUCCGCAAUUCUUGUUUGAUUUCAGAUUUUGAUUCACAGUUUUUUCCAUUGAUCAUAACACUCUUCUGAGCUUACAGAUCGCAAGGAAUAACCGAAUUUGCUUUGUGUAAUUGUGUGAGAGUUUUGGGUCAAACUUGUUUGUUGCGUUAAGCUUAGAAGAUGGGAUCAGGUAAAUGGACCAUCGAGAAAAGAUCCACUAUUAGAAAUGAAUCGUUUUCGAGAGAAUAUGCGGGUGUUCCUGAAACUGGGUGUCUCUCCAUUAUUGUACUGGGUGCUUCCGGUGAUCUUGCCAAGAAAAAGACUUUUCCAGCCCUUUUCAACCUUUACCGGCAGGGAUUUUUGCAACCCAAUGAAGUACAUAUCUUUGGUUAUGCAAGGACCAAGAUUUCCGAUGAUGAGUUGAGAGAUCGCAUACGUGGAUAUCUUAUCCAGGGUAAGGGUGCUUCUAGUGAGCUGUUGGAAGAAGUAUCAGAGUUUUUGCGAUUGAUAAAAUAUGUAUGUGGCUCCUAUGAUUCUGCAGAGGGUUUUCAGUUACUGGAUAAGGAGAUAUAUGGGCAUGAAUUCUCCAAAAACACCAUAGAAGGAUCAUCCCGUAGACUUUUCUAUCUUGCGCUUCCUCCGUCAGUAUAUCCAUCUGUCUGCAAAAUGAUCAAGAACUAUUGCAUGAAUAAAUCCGAUCUUGGUGGAUGGACUCGUAUUGUUGUUGAGAAACCUUUUGGCAAGGAUUUGGGCUCAGCCGAGGAACUGAGUGCGCAGAUUGGAGAGUUAUUUGAAGAACCACAGAUUUAUCGUAUUGAUCACUAUUUGGGAAAGGAAUUGGUGCAAAACUUGUUGGUACUUCGUUUUGCGAAUCGCUUGUUUUUGCCAUUGUGGAAUCGUGACAACAUCGAUAACGUACAGAUUGUGUUUAGGGAGGAUUUUGGAACUGAAGGUCGUGGUGGAUAUUUUGACGAAUAUGGAAUCAUCCGUGAUAUUAUUCAAAACCAUCUAUUACAGGUUCUUUGCCUUGUAGCUAUGGAGAAGCCUGUUUCUCUUAAGCCUGAGCAUAUCCGGGAUGAGAAAGUGAAGGUCCUUCAAUCGGUGCUUCCUAUUAAUGAUCAUGAGGUUGUUCUUGGACAAUACAAAGGCUAUACAGAUGACCCAACAGUUCCUGAUAACUCAAACACUCCUACUUUUGCAACUGUGGUUCUUCGAAUUCACAAUGAAAGAUGGGAAGGUGUUCCCUUUAUAAUGAAGGCAGGGAAAGCGUUAAAUUCAAGGAAGGCAGAAAUACGUGUUCAAUUUAAGGAUGUUCCUGGUGAUAUAUUCAAAUGUAAAAAGCAAGGAAGAAAUGAAUUUGUAAUACGCCUGCAACCUUUAGAGGCCAUGUACAUGAAGCUUACGGUCAAGCAGCCUGGCUUGGAAAUGUCAACUGUUCAAAGCGAACUGGACUUGUCAUAUGGGCAACGUUAUCAAGGGGUUACCAUUCCAGAAGCUUAUGAGCGCCUAAUUCUGGACACAAUAAGGGGAGAUCAGCAGCAUUUUGUUCGUAGAGAUGAGUUGAAGGCUGCUUGGGAGAUUUUUACACCUAUGCUCCACAGAAUCGAUAAUGGAGAAUUCAAGCCAAUUCCAUACCUGCCAGGCAGCCGAGGCCCAGCAGAAGCAGAUCAGUUGCUGGAAAGAGCUGGUUAUGUUCAAACACACGGCUACAUAUGGAUCCCUCCCACCUUGUAGUAGCUUUGCAUGCCUGCACGCAUAAUCUUCUGGAGACCAUGAGGUUUUGUCAGUGCCUACCUAUAACCAUAUAUAUAUAUAUAUAUACCAGCGUACAAUUGUCUCUAUGUUUUAUAAAUCUGUCAGGGCCUGCUCUUAGUAGUGUCCUGUGACAUUGCGUCGGCACUGUAACCUUGAUGGGCUAUUAUAGAUCCAGAGUAUGAAUCUUGUUGUGUGAUUACUAAAAAUAUAAUACUAAUAAACUUGCGUUGAAGCCAAUGCAAGAGAGAAAUUUUGAUUUAA